AACCAGAAAGUCAGUGAGGAUGAAGAAGGGAAUGACGUGUUCUCCCUUGUUGGUGUUCUUUCAAUGUAUACUUCAGACAUGGGUCACAACGAGGGGUUCCCCAUAGCGACCCCUAAAGGACGCAGUUCGAAGUUUCCUUGAAAGGAAACUAUGAUAUGGCAAAUGAUGUUACAUUAAAGACACACAUAUUUAAUAAUAUAUAUUUUCUUAAAGAACUUAAAGACAGAUGAGCUAGAGGAACAAAUUAGAAAGAAGCCACCAGCAGUAGCUUGCAAAAACAACUAAAAGCAGCAGAGUCUAACGUGAUUUGUGUGGACAAUACAUAGAAUGAUGAUUUUGAGUGUAAUCUGGGUGCCAGAUAGUAUCCAUGAGCUUUUAUUAUAUUUCACAGACUUAUUCACAGAUUUUUUGACUUUUGGAAAACACUUGGAAAUGCUAGAGUGGACAGAGACACAUGACUGUUUAUUUCUGCUUAAUUUGCACUGGUAUUGACUUACACUUUGACUUAAAUUGCUUCAGACAAGUUGUUUGCUGAUCCCCUGAACUUUGCUUGUUCCUGCUUCUCAGUUUGAAAAUGUAAGAGAUCAGGAUAAUCUUGUUUAUUUUUUGGAUUCACGCACAGCCAGAUAAAAAUCACAGUUCGCUUGUGUUUCUGACAUUUUAAGCAUUAUCGAGAGCAUUUUAGGGAACCUAUGAGGAAAAUGGCAAUCAAACUAAUUUUGUUCUGUUUGUGUUUGUGGCGUCUGGUUGGUGUGUUUGGUGAUGAUGAAGUGAGGUCAGUGUCAGUGUUGGAAGGAGAUUCAGUCACUCUAAACACUAGUCUGACUGAAAUAAUAAAUGAUGAUCUGAUUCAGUGGAGGUUUGGGAUUGAAAUCACUUUACUAGCUGAAAUCAAUAAAAGGGCCGAUUUAAUCACUGUAUAUGAUGAUGUUCUUGAUGGGAGAUUCAGAAACAGACUGAAACUGGACAAUCAAACUGGAUCUCUGACCAUUAAAAACACUGCAACUGAAGAUACUGGACGUUAUUUACUACUGAUAAACCACAUGAGCAUAAUUUUCUCUCUCAUUGUCUUCGAACUGAAGUUAGUGUCAGUGAAGGAGGGAGAUUCAGUCACUCUAAACUCUGGUGUUACUGAAAUAACGGAUGAUGGUCUGAUUCUGUGGGUGUGUUUAAAUGAAAACACUUUACUAGCUGAAAUCAAUAAACGGGCCGACAGCAUCUCUGUAUAUGAUGAUGUUCUUGAUGGGAGAUUCAGAGACAGACUGAAGCUGGACAAUCAAACUGGAUCUCUGACCAUCACAAACAUCACAACUAAAGAUGCUGGAGCUUAUGUGCUAUGGAUCAACCAGAUCAGGAUUUAUUUAUUUCUCAUUGUCUAUCGUGAAAUAUCAGUGUUGGAGGGAGAUUCAGUCACUCUGAACUCUGGUCUUACUGAAAUGAUGGAUGAUGAUGAGAUUCUGUGGAAGCUUUGGAUUGAAAAUAUUUUAAUAGCUGAACUUAAUGUAACAGCCAAGGGCAUCAGUGUAUAUAAUGAUCACAUUUAUGAGAGAUUCAGAGGCCGACUGAAGGUGGACGUUCAAACUGGAUCUCUGACCAUCACAAGCACCAGAUUUCAACAUAUUGGACGUUAUGAACUACUGAUCAACCAAAUCAGGAUAACUUUUUUUCUCAAUGUCUUUCGAUAAAGGUGAAAUAUCAGUGAUGGAGGGAGAUUCAGUCACUCUGAACUCUGGUCUUACUGAAAUUAUGCAUGAUGAUCAGAUUAAAUGGAGGUUUUGGAUUAAAGAGACUUUAAUAGCUGAAAUCAGUAAAGAGGUUUA